AUGAUCAAGAGAAGCAAAUUACCGCAAGAUAUCACCGACAGACUCGAGAGGUUCGUCUAUUACAGCAAGUUUAUUCGCUUCCUCCAUCUUUACACCAACAAAGACAAGCCGUUUGAGUCAUGGGACAAUCUAGCCGUCACGCUCAUUGCCGUCCUGGGUCAAUACCCUCAUCUUUUCGAAGGCGUCCAUACACUUGGGCUCGCCGCCGAAAUAGCUCGAGACAACCACCAGCUCCUCCCCUUCCUUCUGAAGCCAACCCUUAAGAAACUGUGGAUCAUGACGGAAGGGGCGGAUUUAACAACGAUCUACACAUUGGUUGGGCAAUGUAUCCAACUCGACGACUUCGAGGAUUUGGGCAACGCGUUGCAGCCCGGCUUCGUUCAAGAGUUGGUCGUACCCACUCUACAGAAGCUGACCCGGCUCCAGAGCGUUCACCUGCCUGUGACUCUGAGGGCAGCCUUUAUCAUCCUCAGCAAUCUCUCCAUAUUUACGUCACUUCAUACACUAAAUCUGCAAAUAAUGAGCGAUUUGCCGGGUACCGACGCAGGUCCCUUUGUCAACCCAACAAAUGGCGCCUCUCUAAAAAAGCUUAUCAUCACGACAGGCAUCGGAGAGUUAAUGCUGGCUGCUGCUCGUUAUUGCGCAGGAAACUCGAUCGUUGUUGACGAGUUUGAAUUCGCUCGCAGCCCACUCGCGGGAGAGAGCGUCGCGUUGGUGAUGCAAACCAUUACCGAGACGUGGCCACGUCUCAAAAAGUGCCGCUACAGGGAGCUAGACUAUGGGCGAAGCCGCUCGUGGUGUCAUCCCACCUUGGUUUCGCGACUCGUUGUCCUCCCGGCCUAUCUCCAAUCAGUCUUCCGACUCGCUUCUUUGCAAUCUCUCAAACUUUUCCCAUUCUCCCAUGUCUCCAUCGAUACGCAAUUCCUUAACGCGCUGGCGAAAGCUUGUCCACUGCUCCAUUCCUGCCUGAUUAGCACGGACAAGCGAAUCUGUGCGCCUGAUACGGAAGAACCAAUAUGGUCGUUGACCAUGCGCGACGUCGUACAAUUUGCAAUCAAAAUGCCCUUCAUGCGGAACUUGGGUAUUGCGUUUGACGGGCGCAAGGCCUCGGACCCGAAUCCAGACGCCAUGAUAGAGGGCUCCAAUGAGAAAAUGGAUGAGUUACACGUCAACGUGUCUGCCAUCGACGAUGCAGACUAUGCCACUCAGAUGCUAUCAAAGGCUUUCCCAAACCUUCGAUUGAUGUGGUGGAUAUUCAACGAGAAUAUCCGUUUGGAAACACCCGAAUGCUUGCGUCUACCAGAGGCAGAGAGAAACAUUUGGGGAGAAGUGGAAAACCGUUUGGGAUUGGAAAUCAUCGAAUAG